GAAAUAAAUGGAAUAUGAAGCUUAAGAUGCAUUGAUUUUCUUGGAGUCAAUAUAGGAAAAAGGCAUCUAAGAGAUUGAAAUUGAUAAGUGGAAUUAACUCUAAGAGAAGCUUGUAAAGUCUAAAAUUCAAAUCAAAAUUACCUAACAUAAUUAUAUCCUUUACACUUAAGAUGGAGUAAUAUUGAAAAGGUAACAAUAAUUUGUAAAUUUUGAUAGUGAACUAAUUUUAGAUAAUUCUAAGAAACUAGAAAUCGUGACAAAUAUAGACUAGAUCAAAUAUUUUCAAUGGACUGGUGAAUAUGGAUAGAAUAACAGAAAACAUGGUAAAUGGAUAGUUACUUGGAAUAUGGAAGUCCUUAAAGAUGUUGGUGGGUAUUAUGAUAAUGGAUUAAAGCAAGGUUUAUGGAAAGAACCAAUUAAAAAUUUUUGGAGGUAGAUAUUCAUAUCAUAAUCAAAAAAAUAGUAAAGCUCAAAUCUAUGAAAGAGGAUUAUACUAUAAUAAUUAAAGAUUUGGGACUUGGAAUUUUAUUUAGGACAAUAAAAGAAUGUAUAUUUGAUAAAUUACUUAGUGGGGGUGGAUAGUAUAAUAAUUAAGGUAAGAAGAAUGGUAAAUGGAUUGAGUUGAAUGAUAGGUAUUAUAACCUAUCAUAAAUCACUUAUAAGGGUGAAUAUAAAAAUGAUAAUAAAGUUGGUGAAUGGAAAUGUUAUUUGAAUUAUGAAAAAUAUCAAUUGAUGUAAAAUUAUUAUUUUAAUAAACACUAUUAGCGGAGGUGGAAUAUAUCACCAAGUAUAAGAAGGAUCUAUUAAAACUGGGAGGUGGAUUGAAUUAAGCGAUGGAUUUAGCUUUGGGUCACAGAUUACGUUAUAAGGCCAUUAUAAUAAUGGUAAAAAAGUAGGUAGAUGGAAUUAUUAUUGGAAUGAUAAUAAUAUAACUAAAUUGAUGUAAAAUUAUUGAAUAUUAAAAAAAUAAAUCAAGG